UUUUAAUUUAAAAUACCUCCUUGCCUUCAGAUCACAGUAUGGUGCCAAUGUAUCGUGCAAAGCUAUCGCUAAUUUGCAUAUCACACGAAUAUUAUAUUCAAGCUGCGUGCGUUACGUAUGCUCACAAACAUUUAACGUUUUGUGUACUCGUAUGUCGAAUUUGAGCUGAGAACGCCCUUGCAGAGCCAAGUGUGAUAUUUGGCAUUUUGUAUUAGAGAAGUCUCGAGCUGAAGCCAUAUAAUACAGGCAAGAGCCCGUACUUUGGGAUUUUGAAAGCUCGAGUGCAUGUAAACAAAGACAUUUGAAAUCACGAUGUCAUCGCAAAAUACCAGUUCCAAUGCGACUAACCCCUGUAAUCCUACCGCGCAAACURCCUUCUACAUGUUAUUCAACCAGAUGUGUCUUAUACCAGCGGCGAUUGUAGUGAUUAUAUUUCUGUUUAUGACAAAAAGAGCUAAGCUGAAAAAAGGCUGUUUAGAUGGACGCCCUGGAAUACAAGUUCCUGUCGAUUUUCUGGGAGAGGAAAAGAACCGGUUCUCGUAUGUUGCUGGUUACGGUGCAAUGGCCAUUGCUGUCGCAAAUAUGUUUUUAUCUAGCAAAGGGUCAGACAUGGUUUUUAAAGUUGAGGGACAUCCCUUUAUCAARGUGUUUCAGAGUAUCGUUACUGUGAUAUGUAUUGGUACUAUAUACCUACCAUUCUUCAUGUGUCUAAGUACUGAUGCCAAGCUGCUUGGUGCUGUCUUUGGAGCUCUGUAUACACUAAUGAGGUAAGUGGRAAUGCGCUAGUCCUGRCAUCAGCUAGUC